AUGUCUUCGCAAUUGGAAACGAAACAAAAAUCUAAGAAAGGAGAAGCAACGAAAGAGAUUAUCGACCAUGUACCAUUUUCUUAUACCAUAGUCUGCCCAUUGUUACGACAUCAGAAUCAUACUUGUUUUGAAUGGAAUAUCAUUGACAAAGGCUCCAAGAAAUUAAAACGAUUUCAAAAGUAUGAGAUCUCGGUUAACAGAAUCCAUUCGGCGAUGUACAAGAUAAGAAAACACAUUUGGGAAACACCAUGUUUUAAGAGUUCGUUACUCAAUCAUCAAGGAUUUCAUAUUUAUUUGAAGGCAGAAUUUUGUCAAGUUACCAACAGCAUCAAAGCACGCGGCGUGAUUUACACUUUGCUACAGCUAACACACGAGGAAAAAUGUAAAGGCGUUAUAGCAAUCUCAACAGGCAGUUUUGCUUAUUCUCUCUGCUAUUAUGGUAAGAUCUUUGAGAUACCAGUGACAAUAGUGAUGCCAAUAUCAACAGCAGAUGAACAAGUCAAAAAUUGUCGUAAAUACAAAGCAACAGUGCUCGUCCAGGGUCGCGAUAUGCUAGAAGCGCAUAAUAUCGCUUUACGUAUCGCCAAGACCAAUGGCCUAUAUUAUCUCGAUGGGAACGAUCAUCCAAACAUGAUUAUUGGCCAAGCCACUUUAGGCAUAGAAAUUUUAGACGACAUAAAAAAUAUUGAUGCAGUGUUACUACCAACGGCGAUCAAUGGUUGUGGAUUAACUACAGGUAUAGCGAUGGCUAUCAAAGAAUACAAUCCGAAAAUAAAAGUUAUUGAGGUCCAAACUGAAGUUACUGAUUCUUUAAUCGAAAAUGUUAGAACACAAACAACUUCGCCUAACGAACUAGAAAUUCCUACGACUGAUUAUACGUGGUAUCGAAAUUCUAUAGGCUUACCAGAAAUGUGGCUCGACACAAUUAUUACGGUAAAUAAAACAUUGGUUAAUAUUGCGGCCGAUAUUUUACUAAAUGAAGAAAACAUUGAUGAUUCCAGUGCAGCGAUUAGUUUAGCUGCAAUUUUAACUGGUGAAAUCCAUCCUGGGCUAAAGAGGUGA